AUGGAUCAGUCACAUCACGCUCAAGGUUCUGCUGCGUCAAGAAGAGAAAGAAGAGCGAUCGUAUCUCAAGCGCGUCGUGGUCAAACCCAACCUGAUCGUGACGACGGAGAGUACGGGGGCUACGACUCCGAUACCUCUACGGAUUCGCUAGAUAGGGAACGCCUCGACCCGGAUGUCCCACCCAUAGAAUGGUGCGAAUGCACCUCCUGCCCCGGCGAAUACUUCCUGACCCCCGACUCCAUAACCACCCACCUCUCCUCCUCCCUCCAUCUCUCCAAUACCGCCCUCAUCGCGCGCGGCCUCCCUCCCACCCCGCGCUCCCGUCCAGAAGAAGAAAUACCUGAUAAUAUGCCGGAAUUACAGCAAUGCGCCGCUUGUCCAUUUUGGUUGGGCAGGAAAGACGAUGUUGGAGAGCAUUUGGAGAGUGAGGGGCAUAGGAAGAGGGUUGAAGUGUGGAGUGGGAUGGGGGAGGCGGAGAGAGAGAGGGUGUUUCAUUGUAGGGAGGCGUUUGUUGCCAGGGCGAAUUUGUUUCUGGAUUUUGUGGAGAGGCAGAAAAAGAUCAACAGGAGAGCGGAGCGGGAAGCAAUACGGGAGAGAGAAGCACGAGAACGACGACGAAGGACGACACCACCGAAGGAACCGGAGGAGCCGGAUGCGGAUGCGGCGAGAGCGGCGGAGGAGCGUGCUUUGAAAAAGAAAGCAAAGAAAGAGGAAAAGAACGAAAAACGGCGUGCCCGCAAAGAGGCAAAGCAAGCCCGCCAGAACGGCGACAUUCAAACUGUGCAAUCCACGGUCCAAGUGGAGGAAGCCAUGGAAAUCGACGACGCUGCCAUCACAGCUAUGUUCUUCGAAGAAGAGGUACAAGAGGCUGCUGCGUAUGUGGCGGAGGAACCAGAGGAUGAGGCGGAUAUGGCUUAUUCACCUCCACCACCACAACCUCUUGAACUUUCUGAGCGUACGAUCGAGAUGGCUUAUUCGCCUCCUCCACCGCGACCACUUGUGAAACUGUCUGAGCGUACCCUGGAGAAGCGGGUGGAGGAGUUUGAUGAGGAGGCUAUUGAUUUGGCUCUUUAUGGUCCGGAUGAUGGGGACGUGCAGAUGGGCGAGGUGACUGACGUUCGGAAGCCAGUAUCAAAUGGCACCCCCGAAGCCGCCGUCAACGGGACAGGCGUCAUCAAACCCGCCUCGCCCGGCGAUGAGGAAGAUGACGAUCGCUACUCCCCUCCACCUCCAGACAUGCCCAUCUACGACGCCCACGUCGCACGGUUGGAAGAGGCGAUGCAACGCCGCCUACAAGCCUUAGAUUCCCCAGAACAUGCCAAACCCGAUCCAACGGACCUCGACGACGAGAAACCUCCAGCGGGUCCCCCCGAUUUCCUGGCAGCGGUGGGAAUGCCCCCACCUCUCAUCCAAUGCAAAAUACUCCCGAAAAAGAGCAAGGCCGAGAGGAGACGUGAGAAGGCUCUUAGGAAUGCGGAGAGGCUCGCUGGGGCGAGUUUGUCUUUGGAGGAUAUUUAUGGGGAGAUAGCUGAUGUUGCUCUGAGUCCGGGUUUGGGGCCGGAGAGUCCGCUUAGUCCGAUGGGUUCGAGGAAGAGGACGGGGGAGGAGGCGGGGUUUCCACAGACACCGAAACCGGCUGGACCGGGAUCGGAUGGCAGCAAGAUGACCCGACGUUCGGUCGUUGGGUAUGAGUCUAAGUCUGGGAGCAAGUCUGAUGUGUAUAAUCCUAGUCGGAGACCGGUGCCGAUUACUAGCAAGGAAUGGAAGCCGGCGCCGACGGGUGGUUCUUCGCAGCAGAGGAUUGUGUCGGUCUCUAGGCAUGCGGUUCAGGCUAGUACGCCCAACCAGAGAGCGGCGAACACUGCUGGAGAGCGUGAGCGGGCCACUCCAAAGCGCACUCUUGUUUCAGUACCUGUUGCUAAGAAGUCUGUGAAUGCUCAGAAUAGCUUGGAUCUUUCCAGGCAGUUCUUCAACCCCCAGGAAAGCCUGAGGCAGGUACUGCAGAACUCGAUCCUUUCAAUGCAAUCCCUUCGGACGACCCUUCGUAUGCCGGAGAAGCUUGAGCUUGUCAAGCGGAUGGAGGUCGAGUUGGGGUUGAUUGGGGAUGCGGAGUUGAUGGCUAUGUUGAAAGGGGAGGUACCCGAGCAAACGCUGGCGUUGGCUAAUGAGUUGUUUCCGGAGGAUGCAGUGGGUAAGAACGACGGUGAGAUGACACCGCUGACACCGACGGUGCCGAUCUCGAUGGGACGGAUGACGUUGCAGGAUGCUGUGAUGAGUGAAGCUGUACAGGCUGUUGCCGCUGAUGAUGCUGUCGUUGCUAACGAGGCUCCCCAGAACGUCACGAGUGACAUGAACCAGCCUGCGCCAGGUGUAGAAGUCGAGGAAAAGCAGAUGCAAGAUGUUGUUGCUAAUUCUGCUGCUGCUCCUGUAGCCGAAGAAAAAGUAACUCGUGAUUCUGACUCUGACAGCGACGUACCUAUGAGUUUGAGGUGGUCGAAAAGACGAGCUGCCUCCGGUCCGGUUACGAAGCAGGUCCGUGAAGAGGCCUCAAAAAGCCCCACUGCGAACCGCGACGUAGUCCUUUCCGUGCAGAACGCAGCCGUCUUCCCACCAAAGUUGCAAGAGUCUUCCCUAGGAGGUACUGUCAAAAAGACUCCCGAGAUCCAGGGCUGUAAGCCUCUGGCGGCACUCGUAGAUUACCUUAGUGCACAAGGCAUGCACGGCAACUCGAAGGCCAUCAAGAGCUUGAAGGACCUGGCGAAAGCUGUUAUGGAUCCUACACAAGCGAAAUUGAUGCCGCAGAGUAUGCCUGAGUUAUGCUCUCGUGUGGAUGUUCUUUUGCAAGUGCAACUGGAUAUUCUUGCGGAUAAGGCGAAAAGGAACAAGAGUUUCUCGCAACGGGAUCAUCAGGUUCUGUCUACCUUUAUGAACGACUGGAGUAGAGGUAGAUGGUUACAGGCGCUGGGUUUCACCCCGCAGGACAGCAUCCUUGGAUCUCCAGCGAUCGAGGCCUCUGAUUCUAGCUCAGCUACUUUGUCAGCUGGUCGUCCUGAUGAGAUACCUCUCCAAUCGCCGUCUCCAUCUAUCGCAUACAAGGUUGAUGAUGCACCAGUACCUAGCACAGCAAGCACGCUGGGUCCUCCUGCAUCACGACAGGAAUGCGUUGAGACGGAGGUCACUGUCAAAACUUCUCCCGCGCUUACGCCUGACAUCUCAGAGAGCUUGCUGGUCGAGCACUCUGCAGAGGAACUUGUAGAUUUUACGGAGAAACUUGGGCUCGUGCUUGAGUACUUCCGAAGUGAGCAUAUCACUCGGAAUUCGUUCCGCGGUCUUCGCGAUCUUGAACACUUGGCCAAUGGCAAGUUCACGACAUUAUCGGCAUUGAGUUCGAGAGUAGACGAAUUAUUGCAGAGUCAACUCGAGGUCCUCGACAAGGCCACCGCUGACGCUGUCGAGGCAGAUGCUGUCAAUGAGGCAGCUGAUCGUGGUGCCGCUGAAACUCUUGAUGAGACCGUCCCUCACUCUGACGCUGACGUCGUUAUGAACGACACAGAUGACAAGCUCAUUGACGAUAAUGAACGCUUUGCAGUUGUUGAAGACGUUGCGAUGGAGGAAGCUGAGCUGUCUGGCGAUGCGAAUCACGUCUUUCAAGUCCCCCAAAACGAUCCGCAAUCGACAAGAAUGAAGGGCGAAGUUGACAGGAAAGAAAACGAGCGCACAUUGCACUUUUGCCGCAAGGCCGGUCCCAUUGCUCGCCCGGGUGUUGCGGGAGACGAAAUCGAGAGCGGCGAAGGAGUGGAGAAUGGAAAGGGUAGUGACGACGAGGAAGGUGGAUCGGAUGACGGGGAGGCUACGGACUCGAGCGAGGAGGAGAGCGAAGAUGAAGGUCUCAAGGGCGGGGGCAAGAGACGGCGCAACAUCAACGACAAGCGUAUGCUGAAGAAGAAGGCUAGGCGCAAGGCGUCGCGAUUUGAAAAGCAGGAGCAGAAGAAGCGCUCGCUGAUGGAGUCCGAGGGGUUGCUCUUGGACGGGAUGGCCGGGGAGAAUAACGAGGAACCCGUUGAUGCCGCGCCUGAAGACAUGGUCGCGCCCGUGGAUUCGGCAGAAGUAACAGUAACAGUCGAACACGCCGAGUUUGCGCCGCAUGUUGAAAUGGCGUAUUAUGAACAGCAGGAAUCAAUGCGCCUCGUUCAAGAGGCCCUGGCAACGCCGCCGAACUUGUCGCUUAUACCGAAGCCGUCAUUGCGACGAAGGAGCCGUUUGAUGCCGCGUGGGUCGCUUGCUCAACUGGAAAGCCCGCUUUCCUUCCCUUUGCAAGAGCUUAUCUAUCAUCUAAUGACAUCGGGGCUCUCAAUGUUCGCAUUACGGACACUGCGUGACCUCAGGGCAGCGUAUGCUCCCAGGAAUGUUAUCAAGAGGCUCAUUGCUGCCGGUGAUGCAGAUUCUCUUGCAACCAUUGACGAGGCUACCUUCCAAGAAGCUAUGAUCGAGAUGGAUGAAGAUGCGGACGAGGAAGUCUUUGUGCCACCUGCUACUGUCGAGGACCUCGUCAGCGUUGUCGACUUGCUACUCAGAGGCGAGCUUGCCGAGGUUGUACAACGCGACCCUGUGUUGCUGGUGUCAAGUUUGGGUAAUGACGAGUACAAAGCCAACGAUUUGGAGUUGUUGAAGGCGUGGGAAUAUGAGAUGAGCCAAGGAAGAUGGAUUGGGCUCAUGCAACUUGAGGAAUUUGUUUGA